UGAAUGUGAACUCAAUCGCAAACUGUACAUUUAAAGAAACCCAGAGAGGUGUGAGGGGGUUUCUCUGUCCUGUAAAGGUACUCCAUUAAGGAUUGUGAACGGCACUGAUCGAUGCUCUGGCAGAGUGGAGGUUGUGCACAGUGGUGAGUGGGGAACAGUGACUGAUGAAAGGUGGGACAUCUUGGAUGCCGAUGUCGUGUGCAGAGAAAUGGACUGUGGGAUGGCUUUAGCAACAAAAUCGGGAGCCUUCUUUGGUGAAGGUCAGGGACGUAUCUGGUUGAAUAGGAUCAACUGUUUGGGUAAUGAGUCCUCCAUUGUGAACUGUGAGCGUUCUUCAUUUGGAUCAAGUGGUUAUGGUCAUAACAGAGAUGCUGGUGUGGUGUGUUCAGCUUCCAUCAGACUGGUCAAUGGGACAGACCGGUGUUCAGGCAGGGUGGAGGUCUACCGAGGUGGCCAUUGGUCACCAGUUCUUAACUUUAACUGGGGAAUAAAUCAAGCUACAGUGCUUUGCAAAGAGAUCAACUGUGGAGAUCCUUUACAGUUUUUAGGAUCAUCUUCUCAGGUUGAAGAACUGAGAGGAUAUAAAGUCAGUUGCACCGGUAGAGAGAGCUCUCUGACACAGUGCACACUGACAGAAUAUGUCAGGACCAGCAGUGAUCAUAUGAACGAUGCAUCUGUUGUUUGUUCAGGUAUUGUUAAAUUGGCUGGUGGGCCUAACCGCUGUGUUGGAAGAGUGGAGCUCUAUGACAAAGGCCAGUGGGGGGCAGUGUGUGGUGACUCCUGGGACAUGUUUGAUGCAGCAGUGGUGUGUCGACAGCUGAACUGUGGGAUGGCUCACAAAAUCACCACCACGCCCAAAUAUGGUCAUGGCACAGGACCGGUCUGGACUGAUCAGAUUGACUGCCGUGGACAGGAGUCCAUACUGUCUCUUUGCCCACGAAGUUCAUUUAGCAACAACACUUGCAACAUCAGCUCAGUUGCUGGUGUCACCUGUACAGAGGGUUUAACAGUCCGAUUAGUCAAUGGUAACAAUCGCUGCGCUGGCAGAGUAGAGGUUUUCAGUGGUGGAGUGUGGGGAACAGUAUGUGACACAGAUUGGACCAGGACUAAAGCGAAGGUGGUGUGUGAGCUGUUGGAGUGUGGAAGGUCUGCGAAGGUUCCUGAGGGUGCUGAGUUUCUUCAAGGCACUGGACCAGUGAUGGAAGCAACUGAUUCAUGUUUUACCAAUGUGGCAUCUCUUGAACAAUGCUCAGUCAGAGGUUUCAGAAAUUCAACAUGUGGACAUGAAAAGGACGCUGGUGUUGUUUGUGCAGGUGAUCCAACCUUACGACUGGUCAAUGGUACUGACCGAUGUUCAGGCAGAGUGGAGGUUCUGUAUAAUGGUCUGUGGGGAACAGUGUGUGAUGAUGGCUGGGACAUCAAAGAUGUGGAUGUGGUCUGCAGAGCCAAGAACUGUGGAACUGCCCAGAAAGCCAAGUCCAGUGCCUUCUUUGGUGUAGGUCAGGGACCCAUUUGGCUGGCUGAUGUCGACUGUUUUGGUAAUGAGUCCUCCCUUUCACACUGUGGCCGCAUCUUGUUUGGACGAAGUGACUGUGGCCACAGUGAGGAUGCUGGUGUGGUGUGUUCAGCUUCCAUCAGACUGGUCAAUGGGACAGACCGGUGUUCAGGCAGGGUGGAGGUCUACCAUGAUGACCAGUGGUUACCAGCCCUUAAUUUUAACUGGGGAAUGAAUGAAGCAACAGUGGUUUGCAGAGAGAUGAAUUGUGGAGAUGCUGCACAGUUUUCAGGAUCAUCUUCUCAGGUUGAAGAACUGAGAGGAUAUAAAGUCAGUUGCACCGGUACAGAGAGCUCCCUGACACAGUGCACACUGACAGAAUAUGUCAGAACCAGCAGUGAUCAUAUGAGCGAUGCAUCUGUGGUUUGUUCAGGUACUCUUAAAUUGAGUGGUGGGCCCAACCGCUGUGUUGGAAGAGUGGAGUUGUAUGAGAAUGGACGGUGGGGACAACAUGUGGCGAUUCCUUGAACAUGAAUAAUGCAGCAGUGGUGUGUCGACAUCUGAAUUGUGGGAUGCUUCAUAAAAUCACCACUACCCCUCUCUAUGGUACUGGGACAGGAAAGGUCUGGUCUGAGGAUUAUGUAUGUAAUGGAUGGGAGUUAACAAUGUCACAGUGUGCAGUAAGACCAUCUAGAGCCAGGACUUGCAACAUCAGCUCAGUUGCUGGUGUCGUCUGCACAGAUGGUUUGACAGUCCGAUUGGUCAAUGGUAAUGAUCAGUGCUCAGGCAGAGUUGAGGUUCGUAAUGGUGAAGUGUGGGGAACAGUGUGUGACACAGACUGGACCAUGAAUAAAGCUCAAGUGGUGUGUGACCUGUUGGACUGUGGACGUGCUGUCAGUGUUCCUGGUGGUGCCCACUUUCAUCAAGGCACUGGACCAGUGAUGGAAGCAACUGAUUCAUGUUUUACUAAUACCACAUCCCUUGACAAAUGCUCAGCUAACGGUUUCAGAACUUCAACAUGUGGACAUGAGAAGGAUGCUGGUGUUAUUUGUACAGCACAGAUUCGGUGGUCAGUGGCGCCAGUGAAUGCUCUGGUAGAGUGGAGAUCUUUCAUAAGGGUCAAUGGGGAACUGUGUGUGAUGAUGACUGGGGUACUCCUGAUGCCAUGGUGGUAUGCAGACAGCUGGGAUGUGGUCAUGCAAUUAAUGCACAUUCUGGUUCCCAGUUUGGGAGAGGUAGUGGUCCAAUAUGGCUGGAUGAUGUGAUGUGCAGAGGUGAAGAACCAGUUCUCACAC